AUGCCGGAUAACAACGAAUUAACCUCACAUGUAAAGGGUGAAAAUUUUGAAUAUGAAGUUUACGAAGUAAUUAAAACCAAAUUCGCAAACCUAGGUAAAGUCACGAUUCAUACGAUUACAGGUGGAACCAUGGUAUAUGAUAAUACAACGGGCCUCAUGAGUAGAAGUGGUAAAUACACUUGUAUUGGUGACAAUGGUGUCGACAUCACCCUCCUCUACGAAAAAAGAUUUAUUAUCUUUCAAUGCAAGUACCGUACUCCAUGUCCAAAAUGUAUAACAAACAAAAUACAAUGUGAACAUUGUUAUUACAAAACCACAUUUGCCGAUACGAUGACAACCGACGUUGAAAAAUUUAACAAUACUUUAAAUGAAUGGUCUAAUAAUACUAUUGGAUUCUUUGUGGUGAACGAUGAAGUUAAGAUACCUAACGAAUACAAAGCAAAUACAGAACAUAAGCUCUUAAAACUUUCAAAUCUAUCACAGUUAGCAGAACGUUUACAAAAAGAAAUUAUCGAAUCUAAAAUUAUCACUUUCACCAUACAAGAAAUUAAAUAUGAUAUUAUUUCUGAUAUUGUAAACAAUAAUAAUAUCGGAAAUACACUUGAAUGA